AUGAGUGACUCGGAUUCGAGCCAGCGGACCGGCAGGUCACAACCUUUACCUUUGAACCAGUUCCCCCGGUUACACGAAGCCGAUGUGACGACGCUUUCAACUGACAAUGCGACGAAUACUACGCCGUCCUUGAGCCAUGGCGACGGGAGGAAUUACUCGACGCUAGUAUAUAAAGAUCAUGAUCCAGCGAAUGCAACUCAACACCACCACCACGGCCUACCAUCACUUCAUAUUCGCACGGAUAUCGCAGGACCAGUAUCAAUGGACGCUCACAAGGAGAAUGACGCCUUCUUAAAUCAAAGCCUCUCGCCUGGAAGUAUUCCCCGGCGGACCCCAAGUCUUCGCGCGAUGCUCGCUACCUCUGCCCCUAAAGAGGGGCUUUCGCCAGCGUCAAUAUCAUCUCCCCAAUUAGUGGCAAUGGGCGACAUCACACCUUUGCCGUCGCCAAUUGGUGGUAUGACUUCUUGGAGACAUCGGCGCGGCUCACAGUCCUUAUCGCGCACCUCUUCAGCCAUGUCACGGAAUGGGUCCAGCCUCAGCUUGCGUCUGAGUGACUCUUCGCAGAUGCUGGGGCCGGCCGAGUCCCGAUCGCGCAACAAACCAUAUCCCGGCUUGGGAAAAGCCACAGCUGAAAGUUCUCCAGAUACACCCGACAAGGGUCCCCAAGAGACGGCGCACAAGCAUACGCGCAAUCGAAGUCUCAGCGAGUAUGUGCCCCCCGGUCGAAGUGUGCCCAUCAAGCCACGUCCGAUCGCGGUGUCGGGAGCCGGUUUGCCCCAGGGUAUGACUUCAUCGGUGAGUACUGAUCCGAACAGGGGCGAUGAAGCGGGCGAUGUUGAAUCUGUCAUUCUUCAAUAUCCGUCGCCUGAUGCCUCGGAGGAGAUUUAUUCUGUGCGCUCCAUCCGUACUGAUCAACCAAGAAAGUAUCGCAAGCUGCGCCAAUUAGGCCAGGGUACUUUCAGUCAGGUCUCCCUGGCAGUGCGCAUGGAGAACCGAGAAAGCAGUGAAGUCCACGAUGGUCCUGUUAUGUACGGCCUAGCGCCUACAACUCAGAAGUUGGUUGCUGUCAAGGUUAUUGAAUAUGGACCGGCUGGCGGUGCAGAUGAAGAGCGGCUGGAAGUUUCCCUCAAGCGAGAAGUGGAGAUCCUCAAGUCCGUCAACCAUCCGUCUCUUGUGCAACUCAAGGCGUUUGGAAGCGACGAGAAGCGUGCACUUCUGGUUCUAGAUUACUGUCCUGGUGGCGACCUUUUCGAUGUUGCUGCAUCGGGUGUCAAGCCUAUGAGCCCAGCACUCAUCCGCCGGAUCUUUGCAGAACUUGUGGACGCAGUGCGGUAUCUGCAUGGGAAUUACAUUGUGCACCGAGACAUCAAACUCGAAAACGUGCUUGUCACGCUUCCUCCCACAGCGAUGGAAAAGAUUACUGACUGGCGCACAUAUGACCGCGCUGUUGUCACGUUGAGCGAUCUCGGUCUUUCUAGACGUAUUCCCGAGCCUCCUGAAAGUCCGUUGCUUCAGACCCGUUGUGGAAGCGAAGACUACGCGGCGCCAGAGAUUCUGAUGGGACAACCAUACGACGGACGGUUGACUGAUGCAUGGGCCCUCGGAGUGCUCCUCUACGCCAUGAUGGAGAAUCGGUUGCCGUUUGAUGCCUUGCCGGGUGCCCGGGGCGAUCCCGAGAAACUUCGAGCCAGGACACCCCACCGCAUCGCUCGGUGCGAAUGGGCCUGGUAUAGAUAUGCGGACAGUGAUGGCGAGUGGGAUCCUGUCAAGGGCAAGGACCUGGAAGGUGCUCGUGAGUGCGUCGAGGGCCUCCUGAAGCGCAACACCAGGCGAAAGGGCCUGGACGAGAUUGCGGCCCUGGGCUGGGUCAAAGAUGCAAUUGAUGUUCCAGGUGGGCUCAAGCGAGGGGACAGGGAAGUGCCAUAGAGCUGGUCUCUUGCGCGUUGUAAACUUUUGUUUGUCAGAUUUCUUUAUUGCUGCAUUCUAUUUCUGCUAUUCUCAGCGAUACAUGGUCAUUUGGUGAUGGGUUCCGAGAGACGAUGGGUCUUCAUGCUUACGAUUUUCCUUUCCAUUCACCUUUACAUUCUUGGAUUACUUUGGCUAGACCAGAGAUUUUAUACCCCUAGAUAUGAUUUCCUUCUUGUUUUCAUCUUGUUCUACUCCGCUUUAUGGCCCAUGUCUUAUGUUCCUUAAGUAUGAUGUACUUGGUAUGAGUUUGCGUUGAAGGCCACGACGCCUUAGACAUCGAUCGGGGGUGUCAUGUCUUCGAAUGAAACUGAGUUAUGAG